ACGAUUAGAUGAGUGUGAUGAUGUGCGAUCGAAAACGCGCAAGGCUCAACGGUCCCAGCAUUCGGUUGUCCACGAUCGCCGCGGUAGUCGUGCGCGGUAGUCCGCAAUAGUCAGUCAGCUGUCCGUCCGAAAACUUCCUAAAAGUACCCUUCGUCCCUCUGCCUCGUGCGCGGGCACGUGCUUGUGUGUUAAUCGGUGUUUCUUUAUUCAUGCGCGAGUGGUUCGAUGUGAUUGGGAAACAUUUCUGUCGAGAUGUCUUUUCGUCUUUUGUAAAAAAAUCAUCUGAUCAAACCGUUCAAGUGCCCCUUGAUCCGUCGUCACCUAAUCUCGAAGGCCACACCAAGGUCUGGGCCUGUGCCGUUUAAUUUGGAGGCAUAAAUCCGUCGUGCGAACGGGUGGUCCAGUGCUGAGCUGAGCGCGGGUACGGCUUCAGAAUGUCUAGCGAAAGUGCAAAUGGCAAACCGGCCGGAGCGCCGACAGGACCGGCGCCUAGCGCCACGAUUGGCCGCGUGCUACCUGCCGACAGCUACAUUAGCACUGAUCCGGCCGUCCCGGUGAAGCUGCGCCUCGCCAAGGAGGGCCUUGCGGCGCGCAAUCCCAUCUCCGUUCCCGAACUGAUGAACCACACCGUGCGCGACCAUCCCGACCACCCGGCCAUGAUGUACCAGGAUGCGCAGAAAAAGUGGCAAACCAUCACGUACCGCGAGUACCGCGAGCGUGUCCACCAUAUGUCGAAGGUGUUUAUUAAGCUCGGCCUGGAACCGCACCACACGGUCGCGGUGCUGGCUUUCAACAGCCCCGAGUGGUUCGUGUCGGAACUGUCGGCGAUCCAUUCUGGGGGCAUCAUCACCGGCGUGUACACGACCAAUACGGCCGAGGCGGUGCAGCACGUGUUGGAGAGCUCCCGAGCCCAGAUCGUCGUGGUGGACGACGCAAAGCAGAUGGAAAAAAUUUACUCGAUCCGCCAGAAUUUACCGAAUCUGAAGACCGUCAUCCAAACGAGAGCACCGUACGCCCCAUACGUCCAACGGCAGGAUGGUUACUAUCGCUGGUCGGAACUGGAGGAGAUGGACGUCGGAGACGUCGAGGAGGAGUUCAACAAUCGCUUAGCCAAUAUUGCCAUCAAUCAGUGCUGCUGUCUGGUGUACACGUCCGGAACGGUCGGUAAUCCGAAGGGUGUGAUGCUGAGUCACGACAGUCUCACCUGGGACUCGUACUCGAUCGGCAAGCGACUUCAUCAGAUCCGGCACGCCGAGGAAGUGCUGGUGUCGUUUCUUCCGCUGAGCCACGUGGCCGCCCAGAUGGUGGACAUAUUCUUGACUCUUCAGUUCGCCUGCACCGUUUACUUCGCCGACAAGGACGCCAUGAAGGGCACGCUGCUGAGCACGCUGCAGGAGGCCAAACCCACACGCAUGCUGGGAGUGCCGCGGGUUUACGAGAAGAUUCAGGAGAAGAUGCUGGCGGUUGGUGCACAAAGUAGCUCCGCCCGGAAGCUGAUCGCCGGGUGGGCCAAAAGCGUUGCGCUGCAGCACCAUCUCGAUACGAUGGAAGGAAAACCCACCAACACGUGGCAGUAUCGCUUGGUACGGAACUAUCUGCUGUCGAAGGUAAAGGACGCGCUGGGACUGACGCGCUGCGUUACGCUGGCCACGGCGGCCGCUCCGAUGGACCGUGAGACGAAGAAGUAUUUCAUGAGUCUGGACUUGCCGAUCAACGAAGCGUUCGGGCUGUCGGAAACGUCCGGGGCACAUUCGUUGACCGCACCGGACAGUUACAACUUCGAUACGAUCGGCAAACAGCUCGGCGGUCGCGAGACGAAGAUUGACCAACAGGACGAGCGGGGCCAUGGCGAGAUCUGUAUGCGGGGCCGUCACGUGCUGAUGGGCUACAUCGGGGAGGAGGGCAAAACGCACGAUGCUAUCGACGAAGACGGAUGGUUCCAUUCCGGUGACGUGGGCUACAUUGACGAGGCCGGCUUCAUCUACAUUACUGGCCGCAUCAAGGAACUGAUUAUCACGGCCGGUGGUGAAAACAUUCCACCGGUCAACGUGGAGAAUCUCGUCAAAAAUGAGCUUCCGUACGUGAGCAACGCGUUCCUGGUUGGCGAUAAGCGCAAGUUCCUCACGAUGCUGAUCACACUGAAGACGCAGAUGGACCUGGACACCGGCGAACCGAAGGACGAGCUGACACCGGAAACGAUCACCGCGCUGAAGGAGUUGGGCGCCGAGUACAGCAAACUGAGCGAAAUUCACGCAGCCGGCCCAUGCCCGAAGGUUCUCAAAGCCAUCCAGGCAGGAAUUGAUCGUGCGAACCUGAAAGCUGCUUCGAAUGCGCAAAAAAUUCAAAAAUUCGCUCUGCUUAAAAAAGACUUUUCCGUUCCGGGUGGAGAGCUGGGCCCUACGUUGAAGAUCAAACGUAAUGUUGUGGUGGAGGCGAAUAAGGAGCUCAUUGAGAAGUUCUACUGAAGUGCACCCGGUGCUGAUCAAUUUAUGUCACGUUUGUCACUUGUUUUUAUGUAAUUUCCCACUUGAUUUAAGUGCUCUUUACCGUUCCGUUUCGUAUGCUGUUUAAAGUUGCUUGCGUGCACUCAGCAUAGUCUUUUCUCCAAUCACCCUUUAGAAGCCAUAUCUUAUUUGCUCAAACAUCGAUGGGACAAGUAUAACACUACUUUGUUUAGAACGGUGGCGCGUUGGCAAACAAGUGUCCUCCACCGUAGUCUGAAUGUUAGAAUUAAGUCUGUUCCGUUAAAGGCUUUCUCGGACAGGUGCUAGUUAAUAUUUUUGUUGAACUGCUCUGAGUAUCAUUCCAAGAGUUUCGUUAUUUUCUUUGUUUUUUCCCCAUUGUUUUGAUUAUCCUAGAAGUUUGGUGAUAUUAUUUAGAAGGUUUCGCGACGGAUCUAGCAAAAAUAUAGUUAUCCCCAAGUGCAAUUCGGGUAACAUUCCGACUCUGCGACGUGCGCAAAAUGGGCCUUCCUCUACCGCUGAUACGGAGUACAAAGAUUCGACGCAUUUGUAGCCAUGUUGCAUUUAGUGCUGUACAUCCUUCAGCCCCGUUCCGAACCCGACCACCCUGGGGUGGCUGACGAUACGUAUGGCAUGAACACACAAGUUGUUGUAAAUAAAAGCAUGUGUUUGCUCAGCUGACUGAAAUCCCCUGCAGGAAAACUUUUUUGAUACGGUUUAGUAAUAAAGCAAUACACACACUUUCUACAAAA